AUGCUGAACCGCCAAGCGGCUUCUUUGCUGUCAGAACUCCUCAUCAUGGUAUGUCUUCUUUAAUCUCCAUACCUGGGGUUUGGAUAUAGAACAGGGAUGGGAAAUAUGUGGCCCUGCAGAAGUUACUGGAUUCCUUCUCCCAUCAGCCUCAGCCAGCAUGACCACAGAUCAAGGAUGAUGGGAGUUGUAGUCUGACAACAUCCAGAAGGACACAGUUUCCUCAUUACUAGUGUAGAACAUCUGGAUGCGAAAUUUAAAAUAUGCACCUUGUAUGCUAUCAAAGGAGUCCAUCCUCUCUGUCUCUCUCUCUGUCUCUCUCUCUCCCGCACGUAUCAUCCUGGAUGUAUUUUUGUGAAAGUGUACCAGAACUAGAUUAGUAAUUAGUUGAAGUGUAAUAAUAGUUGAGCCUCACUUUCUUGGGCAACUUCCUAUCGAGUUUGAAGGAAAGUGCUGUCUAAGUAUUUAUAUAUUUAUAUUAUUGCUUAUAGCAGUACCUUUUCAUGGGCCACAUGGCUCUGUGAAUGCUGAUGUUAACUGAAAGCAAAGUAUUAAUCACUCUUAAGUGAGCAGAGUGAUUAUUUUGCUCAGCAAAAUACUCAGCAUAUUUUGAUUUGUACAACCUUUUGGUGUUACUUGAGUAAUUAAAAUACGGAGGGAGGGGCACACAUCUGAUCCAGCUCUUGUUAUAUACAGCAAGCAAUGGCCUCAGGCAGAGAAGUGUGUCCCCGUGUGCACCAAACAUGACAUAAGGUCAAGUCAAUGAGGUCUGGAUAAGCAUUGCGAUGCAGAUGUGCAACAUGCAUGUGUGAGUGCCUCUUACAUGGGGGUCUCUCACUGGGCUGGGAUAAUUUAAGGUGCCUACCCCCCUGUCAAUAUUUUACAGGAGAGAUUCAUGUGCAUACUAGAGCUUUAGGGUGGUGUAUUUAAACGGGGUUAAGUGAUCUGUUGCCCUAGUGCAACAAAUCCACUUCUUUUCUCUUUGAAAAAUGACGUUUGUGGUUUGGAAAGUGACUGAGAAAUGCACUGAAAAUAUGGGAUGAACAAAUGAUUAAUGAAAUGACUUGAAGACUUAUUGCUACUACUGAAUCUUUACUGGGUUCUCAAUGAUUUUCCAGUGCUGGCUUUUAAUCAGUGUUCACACAUUAUCCAAAACACAGUGUGGACUUUGGGUUUCAAAUUUCAGUGGUGUCCUGUAUGACACCAGAAUUUGGUGCCCACCUUCCAUUUUUCAAUUGGUGUAGCACCCUUUGCAGCACCUUCUUGGCUCUGUCGCCAAUACGGGUGAAUCUGUCACACUCCUCCAAUACAGAUGUGUCCUGCUUCUCUUGAUGUUUCUCAUGCCUGAGUCAUUGGAUACCUACUGCCAGCUAGAGCAAGAGUUCCCCAAAUGUGGCCUUCGGACCAAAAGCUUUGGCGAUGUGACCUAUGGAAUUGUGAAGACCACGUGAAAUAUUCUUAUUUGAUCACAUUAAAUAUUCUUAUGUUGUCUUUUAUUGUAUUGCCAUUUAAAUUCCAAUUUUAUUUUUUCCCCGGGAGGUGGGGGCAGCAUGGGAAUCGCUGUUAGGGUAAACAGUGCUGAGCUGGGUGGCCCAGAUAGUCUGAGGCUGCUUCCUGUGUUCGGUUCCUGUCCUUGGCAGCAAAAACAGAAAACAAGUCUAUAGAGAAGCUAAGAAAAUGCUGCUCCUUCCAAGGCUUAACAGUGUAAUCCAUUUUCAGGUUAGUCAGGGUGAGGGUGACUACCUCAGGCACCCCAAAACCUACAUCUUUGAGCAGUGUGGGGUAGAUACUGUAUGCAAUUGCCCAGGGCCAGAUUUAGGUUUGGUGAGGCCCUAAGCUACUGAAGGUAACGGGGCCCUUUAUAUGUCCAGAUGUCCUUUGUCAACAACAAAUUGUCACUUUUUUGUGUUGAAUAUACGAUAUAUGGUAAUUUAUGGACCUAAUAGGUAUCUAAAGCCAUUUGCACAUGUUGCCAUGCAACCAGUCCAUGCACAAUGUAGGCACCCUAUAUAUAGAAAUGAGCAAAUCAAUAUUUUAGGGAGCAGGCUAGCAGGUGGGGCCCAUUACUUGCACAGUAGGAGCGUACACAACAUAAAACACUGUUGCUGUAUGAAGGUUUUACUUUAUUUGUUUUUUAUCUUAUAUUUUGGAAAUGUAUAUAAAAAAAAUUCUUUCAAUUUUUUUGGGGGGGCCUAAGCUAUAGCUUGUUUAGCUUAUAUGUAAAUCUGGCACUGCACUUGAUAUGUGUAUGUGUCUUCCCGCCCCCCCCCCCCCAGCAGUUGCGGCUGCUCCUCAGUCGGCCAAAUUUCUUGGGCGGUCUCUGAUACUUCCUCGGAAACCUAUGCAGUUCAGUGGAGUUUGCUCCCACGGGGAAGCGGAUAAAGCCUCGCAGCCCAGGUUGCCGUCGAGGACAGCCCGUUUCUCAGCCGAAGGCAGCCGCCUUUCCCAAAGCCGUCCCUGCCCGAGGGCUCCCUGGGCUCGGCCUGCCCAGGCACCUGUUCAUAAGGCUCUCUGCCCAACCGGACGCCCGCAAUGACAGCGGCGCAUCUCCCUCAGUCCCGAGCAAGCCCGGCGCUUGCGCGGCCUCCCUUCCCCAACGCGAGGCGGCGGGAGCCAAUCGCAAGCGGGGAACAGCCGGGCGCUCCAGGCUUCGGUUUGUGACUGGAGGAUCGGUUUCUAUUUAAGGCUCCCGCCUCAGUAAGUGCAGCAUUCUCUCUCCGGGCAAGUUCCCUCAGAGGCGUCGAGCUGCUUCUCUUUUUUUCUCGCGCAGCAACUCCGUAAAUGGUAUUAAGGGGAGUCUAAAGCGGCUGCUGCCCACUGUCCAGGUCCGGGCUGCCACGUGCUGUGCUCUUUUCCGUCGGGAGCGUCUUUUGGACUCGCAUUUUUGUGCAGCCCACGAAGUCCAAAAGCAGCUGCUCAGAGGGAUUGCUUAAGGUGUUCACCCUUUCGCUCCACACAAGGGGCGAGGGCAACCCAGCCAGGUGGCGGUGUAUAAAUAAUAAAAUACUUAUAAGUAUGCUGCUGCUGCUGCUGCUGCUGCUGCUUGACAAGGGAAGAGACUCCAACGAGAGUUGAUGGAUUCGCCUUCCUUGGAUGUUUUUAAGCAGAGGUUGGAUGGCCAUCUGUCCUGGCUGCUCGCGUUGAGAUUACUGCAUUUCAGGGGGCUGGGCUAGAUGACCCUUGGUGUCCCUUCCAACUGACAAAAUGGAUUUCAAUAGGGGUGAAUGUAAGGCUCUGCACUUAGGGAGGAAGAACCAGCUGCACAAAUAUAAGAUGGGGGACACUUGCCUUGCCAGUAGUACAUGUGAAAAGGAUCUAGGGGUCUUAGUAGACCACAAGCUGAACAUGAGCCAAACAGGACUCUCUAUUCUCAGGAGAAUAAUGUAAAAAGGAAAAAAAGCAGGCACUCUAAGAUAGUGAUCUUCUUACAAUUGGAAGUCAAGGGCUUUUUUCUCUAGAGAUCAAUGGGAGCGUCUUUAUCCUUGCACUAUGUCCUCAUCCAGGAAUCAAUAGGCUGAUAACUGUAUAAGCAUAAUGAAUCUGUUCCACUCCUUGCUCUGUAUUUGUGCAGAGACUUGCUGUGUCAGAAAAAAAUUUAAUCCAUUUUAACUAUCAGGAGACCCCUAUCUGGGUACUGACCAGACCCAGGUUUGUGCUGUUUUAGCAAACUUGCUUUGUGAUGUACCUUUGGACUCUGUGUGGAACGUGAUUAUACCUCCUUCCUCCCAGAACCUAGUUCUCAACUCUGGGAGACACAUAUUAGAAAGACUACAAAUGUGUUAACUCAACGCCCUUGUACUAUGGAUUUUAGUAUACUUGAUAAUUGAAGCUGUACGUUUUUAUUUUGAAUUGCAGAGAAGCAUACUGCUGGAGUAAGAAUAUGCAAGGCUUUUAGAGUUAUAGAAUGUUUUGGCUUUUCCUUAUAAUUUAAUCAUCUGCCAAAGCUAUUUAUUGUCUGAUAUAUGAAAUAUGGUCCUUGAAAGAAAUUAAAACAUUAGAAGCACUUUUUGAAUUUGGUCACCACCACCCCUUUCUUUUGAAAGUGAAAUAUGAGUUAUGAGUAUAUGUCCUUGAGUAGAUGUUUUUACAUGCUUUCACCUUUUGGUGAAAAUCCAUGCUGAAAGACUCACGCACUCAUGCUAGAGUGGUAAUGGUAGAAAUAUUAGUAAAUCGCCUUCAUUUUUACUGUAUGUGUUGAAACAGCAGGUGCGGAUAACCUUCUUUGGCCCGAGGGCUGCAUUGUCUGCUUGUAACUCCUUCAGGGACUGCAUGUGGCAAAAAAUCAGUCAUGGGAACUAAACGCUCUUGCAAAUGCACAGGGGAAAACCAUUACCCAUCACUACCUCAGGGCGAAACCCAGCCCAUGAACCAACAAUUUGCCCUCCCUGUGUUAAAAGCAGUCCAGAUAUUCCUCCUCUUCUUUCUUUUCCAUUCUGUAACAGUAGCAUGUGGAUGACAGGCCAUACAGUCAACAGUGCAUUCAGUCUAUCGUGCUGCAUGUGCUUGAGGGUGCUCUUUAACAUGCUGAACCUUGUCUCUCACCACCUGCAGGUCUUCCAUAUCUUCCUUGUCAUGCUGCUCUCUGGUGUGGGCAGCUCCUCUGUUUUAAAUUCCACAUCGCUGGAGGACCAGCUUUUCCAGUACAUUGACGACCAUCAAGAAAAAUUUGUUCAGGUAGAAGCAGCGCCAAAUGUGAACUCUGCUAGCAAAAAAUGUGCCACUCAACCCCACUGUUCCUUACUUGGAAGCAAUUCCUUUUGUAUAACAAGGUUUACUGCCAGUCGAGUUUGCAUAGGAUAACAGCGCCAGCUUGAACCACAGAGCAGAGAGUAACCUCCUCUGCCUCUUUUUUUCCAAUUGCUCAGCUAGGCAGUUACUUCGUUACCAAGGUGCUUGGUGUUUAUAAGCAAGGUAUGACAAAAAUGUUGUUUUUCCUCUUUCAUUUGGCAACACCAAAUUAUACCAACAGGCAAGGCAUAGGUACCCAAUGGUACUUUGUUGCACAACACAACAGUUUAUAAAUAACCCUUCUAGGGGCAAACUAGAUGUGGUAUUUUGCAACAUUUCCCCAUUCAAGUAUGAAGAAAGCAUCAUAGAGUUAGAAAGGAUCCAGAGGGUCAUCUAGUCCAACCCCCUGCAACACAGGAAUCUUUUGCCCAGUGCGGGGCUUGAACUCACAACCAUGAGAAUAAGUCUCAUGCUCUACUGACUGAGCUAUCCUAAAUGAAGUGGGGUUCUAUUUUUUUUUUUUAAUAACAAAAGGCACAUUCAUAGGCACAUUCACCCCUAGGCUUUACAUGCCCACACACUGACAUCACAGAUACUUUUCUCUUAGUACCCCAGGCAGGGAAGAGAAUUUUACAGAGCCACAUAUAUAUUUUUUUGUAAACACAGGCUCCCCCACCCCAUCUUUUAGACCAGAACGUAGCAGAGAUGUAACUAAACAGACAAAGCUGUCCCCAUCACUAUUAGUUUGGCCCUGAGAAUUAAGUUAACUGCACUUGCAUUACCUGUUGUGUUCAUGGGUGUUCCUGAAAUCAGACAAAGGCUAUCUAACAAUACAGAAUGAAUGCAAUUGCAUAAUCCAAACAAAAUUUCAGGAUGGAGAAAAUGGUGUGGGUGGACAUCCUUAUUGCUGCUCUGAUUCUUCCAUGCUUCCUCUUAAAAAAGGAAGAUUUUAUAGUGACGGGUCCCUUAGAUGUAAUUAGAAGGAAAUAGGAUUUACCAAGAUGGAUUACCACACCUUUAAUAGUGGUCCCACCCAGAGGCCAUUUCUAUCUAAUUACUGAAUUCUUAAAUAGGAAGGAAAAAAUGACCGCACAGGCAGUUGUUCAUUUAAAGCUUUAUAUGUCACUUCAUAACACCAUGCAUGAUCACUGUUUUUUUUAUUUCAGACUCUUGAGGAAUGGGUAGCUGUGGAGAGUGAUUCCAUACAACCAGCGCAAAGAUCAAAAGUGAUACAAAUGGUAGAAAAAGCUAAACUUCGUCUCCAGGCCUUAGGAGCAAAUGUGACGUUGGUCAAUCUGUCCGUCCAGCAGGUAACAAGGGGUUUGAGGUGGGAAUAUAUCAGUUUUCUGCUUAUUCCUCCUCAGCUGCAGCUCCUCGUGCAGUACACAUCAUGGUGGGGUGGGGGGGUUGACCUUCAAGUUGCGAUAGUGCGAAGGCAAGGCUGGUUCAGAAGACGCAUUCCAUGAGCAAGAAGGAUUCUGCUCAUGAUUAUUUGGUUCCAAGCCUUUGUUUCAAAACAUAAUGCCUUCCUGUUUUCCUAAGGUUUGAAUUUAACGGAGCAAUGCCUCACUAUACCCCUGCAGGUACUUGAUGGCAGAAAUAUUUCAUUACCUCCUGUCAUUCUGGCAGAGCUUGGAGAAGAUCCACUAAAGCCCACUGUGUGUUUUUAUGGACAUGUGGAUGUGAUGCCUGCUAAAAAGUCGGAUGGGUGGGAAACAGAUCCCUACGUAUUGACUGACAUUGGUGGUAUGUACACCACUAUUGCUUUUGACACGGCUAUUUUAAUGUUGUAUGCAUUUCACACACCCACACCCAUACCCAUACACCCCUUCCCCAACUUUUCAUAAUUCAGCUUCUGCUUAAUGGCAUUAUCUGAAUUGCCGGAAGAGAUCUUUUGAUGAAGGGCGGUAUAUAAAUUUCAUUAAUAAAAUAAUAAAAUCAGAUGCUGUGGAUUAAUGGUCUCAUGACAACCCAACAAGUUUACGCUCCCCCCCCCCCCAAUUUCUCUCCUAAAAGAGGUCACCAUUGAUUACCAAAGCCAUCUUCAGAGCUAAAUCAAAGCUUAAACCCAGAGUAAAAUGAAUGUGGGUAAUCUGCUUCCUCUUGUGAACCUCUGAGACCUACAGGGAUUGGGCAACAGCAACAACUACUAUACCUGGAGUUGAGCCACCCUUAUUCCCUUGAGCAUUGUUUGAGGGGUAGUGAGGCUGAAGAGAGUAUAGUAAAUUCAUGACAGAGGCAAGAGUCAGACCAGGGACUUCCUGAUUCAUAGCUUAGUCUCUUCGUUGUUGUGUUGUACCAUUUCCGUUCUACCCUUAGCAUUAUCAGAAGUUUAAAAGUUUAAUACAAGCUUUCUUUAUCUGGAGGGAACCUUUAUGGGCGUGGAGCAACCGAUAACAAAGGACCUGUCCUAGCCUGGAUACAUGCAGUGAGUGCCUUCAAAGAACUAAGAAAAGUAAGUAAAGUAAAAAAGUGUGCUGUCACCAGAUUUACAGUGGACGCUCGGGAUGCGAACGUGAUCUGUGUGGGAUGCACAUUCGCAACCUGCAGCGGUGUGUCUGCUAACAGGUGGGUUGCGAUUCGGUGCUUCUGCACAUGCGCAAAGCGUGAUUUAGCACUUCUGCGCAUGGGCUACCUGUGAAACCCGGAAGUAACCCGUUCUGGUACUUCCAGGUUUCGGCAGUCCGUAACCCGAAAAAACGCAACCUGAAGCGUCUGUAACCCGAGUUAUGACUGUAUGCCAAAGGCACACAUGGCUGUGAUCUUUAGAACUUUGCUGGACAGUAUUGCACACCACAGACCUUGUCCCAAUGGGCCUGAUUACAUUCAGACCAACACUGAUUAAAUUCAGAGAAUCUAGCAGUAAUCACCUUGUAUGAAAAUCUGAGGUAGAGACUUGAAGACCAGGAAGGGUGUAAAACGCUAGAGAUCAGAUCUAAGAGAACUAGAAUUGGACAAGAACUGUGAAAUCAGAAAGUCAGAAAAAAGUGAGUUGAGACAUGGAUAUGAUCUGUCCUGCUGUAAGGUAACUGCAGAGAAGCAAAAAGAAAGGGGGGGGGGUUUCACUGCAACAUGGAAGUACACUCUCACAGCCAGGGUAGAGUUGGUGUUCCAAGAGUCACAAUUUUCUUGGGUUGUUGGGAGAAAACAGGGUCGGGGUCUCCUUCUCUUAAAUGGAGACUGCCACCAGCAGUCUCUCCCCUCAAGCCUCCCCUAAUCCACCAGGACCCUCAAGAGCCUCCCUUCCUUUUUAAGUAUCUCCUUAUGUUACUUUAUUUUGGGUUCUGCUGAGCUUUCUUAUUCUAGUAAAAGGAAGCAGGAAUGAAAACAAAAAUCUGCUAGCUAGUGCCUUGUCCUGACUAGCUCCAAAAAGAAAUAUAAUAGACAUGAUAAAGAAGCAGCCAGGCUUUAUGAGAUUUUUGAAACAGAGCAGCAUGGUGCAGCGUUUAGGAUACAUUCUGAAAAGCUGAACAAGGCACCUUAGGGCUCACGCCACACUUCCGGUUCUUCCAUGAUUUAUAGGCAUGGGUCCGAGAGGUUUUUCUAUUGUCCUGCUGCUUUCCCCAGGAAAUCCUGCUGCUUACUUCUGGAUCAGAACAAAUGCCAUUCUGCAGGAAACCUGAUUGAUGUUUGUUCUGAUUCAGCAGUAAACAGCAGGCAUGGAAGUUAUUACAUAACAAAAGGGUGAAGGUGAAGAACAAUCAUAGGAGAUCAUGAAUCACUUCAGUUAAAUUUCCCACUACAGAUGUAAGGCAAACACCCUCAUGCAUCUUAGCCAAUCAAAUUUGUAUUUUUAUAAGGUGACCCUGUCUCUUCUGAAAAGGACAGGCUUAGAUUUCUCAAGAAAUGCAAAAGAGGACAUUUGUCUUAAUCAAGGAAGGAUAUUCUUGUGGGACAGAAUCCAGUUACUCACAAGGGAUGAUUAAUGGCCGCUCUUGAUUUGGGUAGAGAAAUGAAUCAGCAGCCAAAUGCAUUUUGUUCCAAACUGGGUGCAUAUGUGUCAAGGAACAGCCAUCAGCACCCCGGCCACUGCAUCCUGCACUCGUUGUUAUGAUUGCCUACGUAGAACACAUUACAGUAGUUGAGCCCAGAGGUAACUGGACAAAAAAUUAGAAUUGACUUUUUACUGAGAGUGCAUUUUCCUUCAGGUAACUUGACAUUUUUUGUUUUUAGGACUUGCCAGUAAACCUCAAGUUUCUUAUUGAAGGCAUGGAAGAAGCAAUCUCCAUUGGACUAAAAGAACUGGUUGAAAGAGAGAAAGAGCAGUUUUUCUCCAAUAUUGACUAUAUUGUGAUUUCAGAUAAUACUUGGCUCAGCAAGGAAAAGCCAGCUCUUACGUAUGGGACUCGGGGAAAUGCCGGCUUCUCUGUGGAGGUAAAAGGGUAAUAAUGGAGUCACAUGUCCUGGCCCACCUCAGCUAAAGAAGGCACUUGCCUGAUAGUUAAGUCUUUAUCGACAGAAGAAGCACUUCCAGCAACUCCUGCAGUGCUCCAGAUGCACACACUUCAGGCCACUAGGCAGCUCUCCCUGAUAUCUGUGCCCAGUGGAGCAGUUGCAGCAACAGUGAGAACCUGCCCCUCUGCUGGCUUAUAUACCCUCCCCCUGAUGGGUUGCGCACCUGCAACCAGAGACUUCUCCUUCAUGGAAGUUGCCACUGCUCUUCUUGGUUCAAGCGCCUCCUGCUUCAAGGAUACAGUGGGGUGGUGGAAGGUGUGGAGUCUACUGACCCAUCCAUCACCAGAACAACCUCCUCUUCUUCCACCACAUACUGCCUGUCUUUCUCCUUCUUGGACUGCCCUGACUCUUCCUUCUUCCCCUUUCCUGGCUCUUGCCUUGCGGGCAGUGCCAAACCCUAUAUAUCACUGGCCCCCUCUCCUGGGUCAUUCCCCUGAUCCCCGGUCCCCUGCCUAUGCCCCACACUCUUUGGAGUCCUGCCAGUCUCUGACAUCAUAUGUGUCUAAAACAUUAUUUUUCUGGCUUUGAUGUUAGGUAGAAAGGAUGCAAAUUGUGCUACCGAUAGAGCAUUCCUUCCACCCUUUCUCCCACUUCUACUCCCCCUUUUAAUUGGUAUUCCAGUACACUUAAUCAUCGCUGCUAAGGUCAUAGUCACUGUCUCCUUCACUUAUAUCAAACAUUUAUUUUGCAAAAACAGGAAGUGCCUGGCACUGCCCAGGAAUUUGUAGAAUCAAAAUACACUGCACUUUUAAAAUGGAUAGUAUACUUUGUGAGUUUGGACCAGUCGUGCCACAAACUGGGAGAGGUCAUGCAGAAGUCACAUUUCAGUACACCAUCUUGAUUCAAAAUGGUGCCCAGCAUCCAAAGAGUGAUGAAGACAACCACCUCAGGAGCCUUCAUGCUGAGAGGUGGCCAAAACUAUGUCAAAAACCAAAGUAAUGCUGAAGUGAUGUUUUGGUCCACCAUCUUGAUCCAUAAUGGUGUCCAGUAUCCAAACAGUGACAAAGUCUGCUCACACCCUGCAUCAAGAACUAUUGUGUCAAGUUAUCUCAAGAGACAGCCAAACCUAUGCCAAGAAACAGUAACCAAAGUCACAUUUCAGCCUGUCAUCUUGAAUCAAAAUGACAUCCAAACAUUGACAAAGAAUGCCACCCUCACCUCAGAAACCCUUGUGCCUAGUUUGGCAAUGAUACCUUGAGUGGCAUCCAAAUGUACAACCAGACAGACAGGCAAACUACUUUCCAAAAUGUAUAACAGAUGAUAGAUAGAUAGAUAGAUAGAUAGAUAGAUAGAUAGAUAGAUAAAUACAGGAGUACUAAUCAUGCUGAUGCAACCCAGGAGACUUCUGGUGGAGAUAGUAGUAUUUGCAUAAUUCUUCUUUCACAGAGAUAGCUGUGUGUGUGUGUGUGUGUGUGUGUGUGUGUGUGUGUUAUCUUGGGGUUCAUCCAUGCUGUCGUUUAAUGCAGAUAGUAAACUUACUGUACCUCCAUUAAUUCUCCAUCAUCUAUAUGGCAUUCUCAUUCAAAUUAACCCCCUUCCACACUUGCCUCUCCCACAAUCUAGAUUUUGUCAUACCUGGGUAACUUUGAAAAGGAGAAUCAUGCAGGGCAACAGAAACAACUGGCCGUUCAUAUGUUGUUGAUGUAAUCCAGAGGGGCUGAAUGUUAAAAGGAAUCGAUGCAAGAUUUAUGCUAUAUAAAUAAAGAGGAUGUAAGCUUCAGGUGCCAACAUAAAAGGAAUGUCAAUACUACAAGCUUCAAUCCUACUCAGAACUAUGAUGCUAAUUCUGAGUAGGAUUGGAGCUUGUAUGGUAAUUCAUUUCUAUGAUGCAAAUUAAAACAAUGAUAAUGUGUCGGUCGUGAUGUUGUCUUCAUGUUUAAAUUAGGUACAAGGUGGCGAAAGAGAUCUUCAUUCAGGAGCUCUAGGUGGCAUCGUCCAGGAACCCAUGUCUGAUCUGAUAGCCUUGCUUGGUAAAAAUUCUGUUCAUUUGUCUAUAUAGUCUUUAAUCAGAAAUUAAGGUCUGCAACAACUGAUAAAAAUGCUUGGUUUAGUUUUCAUAGGCAAGUUAGGAAUGUAGGAUAGUAGAGUGGCAAUUAAUUGGCAAACCCAAGGUUUCUAUAGAUGAAUAUUCACGUGUACAUGUACACAAGACUGAGGACUCUCUGAGAACAGGUGGAGAAGUAGGGGCAGGUUAUAGUAGCCAGGACUGAGGGUAUUGCCAAAUGUUAGUUCCUUUGGUAUUCUCAAGUAACAUAGUGGUAAACUGAGAAUUAUUUUAUAAGGCACUAACUGUGGUGUUUAAAAACACUGAAGCGGAACCCUAAUUGGACAUGAAAUUACAUGCUGAUUUUUCAGAGUACUCAUUGCAUUUGCUGCGACAAUUUCUUUGAACAUUAUGUUGCAGAGUUGCUUGAAACUGAAUCACACCUGAAGGUUAAGUUGCUUUUGCUAAAGCUGGCUUGUAAUGCAAACAUAAAAUGACCAGACCAUACUGCCUUUAAUAUUUUAUGUAAUUUUUCAGGAUUAACAAAUAGAGAGAUAUAAAUUUCACCUAACAAUAACAAUUGUCCCCACCCCCUAAUAACCCCUUGCCCAACACAAUGGAAAUCCUAAGCACACAACAGCCAUUUGCAGAGAUGGAAAAGAUGACAGACAAUCAGAAGAAAUCCGUUUCAAUUCCAGUUUACCCACACAUAAGGCUGGUUAUAUCUAGGAAGGAAAUAUACUACUACUACUACUACUUCUGCUACUACUAAUAAUAAAUAUUUUCAUUAUUACUAUUUGGAAUUAUAUCCCAGCCUUCCUCCUCAACCUCAACUUCCUUGGUUGGUUGGUGGUACUGACCCACCGUGUGACUUCUUUCCCUCCAAAAAUGGUUCUCUUUUGCUUUCUUCUGUCUACACCCAGACACAGCACAAAUAGCACACAAGCCCAUAGCAUUCUGUCAGUCCUUCUUGUACAGGGUUAAGGGGGCCAAGGAGGGUCACACAGACAGAUCUCAUAUGACUGAGCAUGGAACAACAGCAAUUGUGUGUUUUGCAAAAUGUGUUUGUUCCAUAGACAGUCUUGUGGAUUCAUCAGGCCACAUUCUGAUUCCUGGAAUCUAUGAUGACGUUGAUGAUUUUACAGAAGAGGAGAAGAAGCUGUAUGAGCCAAUAGAAUUUGACAUAGAGCAAUACAAGGUUGACGUCGGUGUGAAGAAAUUUCUCUAUGAUACCAAGGUACAGUACUGUCAAUAGAAAUUGAAAACAGGACAUCUAAAAUAAGGGAAUUGCAGAAAGAUGUUGAGAGAAGCCAUGACUGGCUAACUCCUAUUUUUGUUUCAUUAUGUUUCUAAGGAGGAAAUACUUUCACACUUGUGGCGCUUCCCAUCUCUCUCUAUUCAUGGGAUAGAAGGAGCUUUUCAUGAAAAAGGGAUCAAAACAGUUAUACCAUCAAGAGUCAUAGGAAAGUUUUCAAUCCGGCAAGUUCCUCACAUGAACCUUUCUACUGUGGAAUGUCAGGUAAUGUUGGUUAGACACACUUGAUUCUGAUUCAGCUUAUUUGCAUAACAGGUCCAGGCACUGUUUCAGCUCUUACAUUUAAAGUAAAAAAAGGCAUGUGAUGAUCUAUUGUUAUCCCACCAGUGAAGGUCAGAGACCCUGAUUCCUUGACUUUCUCAUUUUACAAAUUAAGCACUGAAAGAGAUAACACGGUCUGCUUGGUAUUAACAGUUCACCUAUGUAGAAGCCUAUGUCCAAAGAUUUGCUUGCUGAAGCUGAAAUUCACUUCCCUCCCCCUUUUGCUUUGGUCUCAUGUCUCUUUAGGAUUGACAGGUCACAAUGAUGCAUUUGAUGCUGACAGUGAGAAAGCCACAACUAACUGAAUUCCACUGUCAAUGUGAGCUUUCCAAACUGUGUGUUGUGACACGUUAGUGUGUUGGCAUGUUGCACAAACACUCCCCAUGCUCCUCCCAAGGGUUGGAAAGGGGUUAGUUUAACCUCCGGUUUGCUAGUAAAACUGAAUUACUGUGUUGCAAAAUGAUGCAUGUCUAAAAAGUGUGUCACCAACAUGAAAAGUUUGGAAAGCUCUGGUCUAGAGAGAGCAACCUCUUCCUUCAAUCACCACAGCCCAGCUUCACUCCUUCUCCAUAAAUCUACUUCUGUGUAGAAGGUGGAAGCUGGCCCUUAUGUUGUCCCACACUGCCUCUUUCCCUGCAUGAAGUUUGAGUCCCAGCCCAGGCAAACUGAUAACUAUCCCUUCCCACACAGAAGUUGGACUGCAAACUAUUGAGUUCCCUGAGCAACCAACUACUCCAUCCUGCCAUACCAGUUCAAUCAAUUAGUGGCAGAGGGUUCACUGCUAACAAACACCAUGGAAUAUAGAUAAUAUAAAGACACGACAAAUAUUUUUAUUCAAAACAUUUUCUUUUUAGGUGAAACAGUAUUUAGAAAAGGAAUUCUCUAAACGAAACAGCCCAAACAAACUGACAGUGUAUGCCGAAGAGGGUGCAUCGCCAUGGAUUACUAAUAUCAGUGAUCCUCAGUAUAAAGCAGCUGCAAAGGCAAUCAAAAGAGGUUUGAAAUGUUUUUUGAAAUAUAUAUAUAUAUUUGUUUAGAACAUUAUUUGACUUACACAUGCUCAUUUUCUGUCUCUCUAAAGAUGUGAAAUAUGUGUAAAGAAUAAAGAUUGAACACUACAAAUAAAUUAGACUGUAUCACAUAAUCUGAAAUUAAAGUGUUCAUUUAGCUUUGUCAACAAAAAGCAGGAAGGUUAGCUUUUCAAGUGCCAAAUAUUCCAUUUUUUGUUAGCAGAAGCAUGUUCUCCGAUAGAGCCUCCUGAAAACCUAAUUUGCAUCCCCUGGUGGAAUUAUUUUGUUUCAGACAAAAAAAAAAGUUUGUGUAUGUGUGUGUGCGUGUGUGUGUGUGAGAGAGAGAGAACGGAAAAAUUACUUGACUUUUAUCAUUCUAGGUUUUUUCUGCCUCCCAUUCCUUCAUGGAAUUUUUAAACAAUUCCCUUAUCUUCCCUAUAUAUGUAGUCUCCCUUCAUUUUCAUUUUUUUAAAAAAAUUUAUUCCCCUCUUAUUAAUGAUUUUAGAGAAAAUCAACCUAUUUGGCCAAAUCUAUUCUGGUUUUCCAGUGUGUUUUUAAUAAUACUUAUAGCUUCAAAAAUGUUUGUGUGUAUUAUUAUUAAUUACAUUUUCCUCCUGUCCUUCCUUUAAAAAAGCUCAAAGUGGCAUAAGUGUGAGGUAGCUUAGGCUGAGAAAUAGCUUAAUGCCAUGGUAGACAACAUCACAGCUUUGCAUGCCCACUAUGACAACUGUGCAUCCCUUACCAAAAAAACAAAACAAACCCAGAGAUCCAACAUGCAAACCUGUGUGCUGCAUUAGGCCACUUUUGAAGGCAUUCCAGAGGCAACUUUUCACGCCCUUCCCCUCAACCGAAUAAGCUAGCUCUGCCUCCACCAUAACAUACACAUAAGGCUGAAAUGGGGGGGGAGGAAGCUUGUCAGUGUAAUCAGCUCCAACUUGAAGAACAGGUACAGUUUGGGGGCUUGUGCCAUGGCAGAUAUAGCAGUCAGCUUAUGGCUACCUGCUGUGUAGAUUUUUUUAACCACUACCACAACAGUAGAAUUUCUUUAAACCAAAACCAAAACCAAGAGCACAUUCUUCCCACUACCACUUCCAUAUGUUUCAGUUUUUAAAAAGGAUCCAGAUAUGAUUCGGGAUGGAUCAACAAUUCCAAUUGCUCAGAUGCUUCAGGAUAUAACAAAGAAAAGUGUGAUGAUGUUUCCGAUUGGAGCAGCAGAUGAUGGGGAGCACUCUCAGAAAGAGAAGAUAAGCAGGUAAACAAGGUAGACUAAUUCCAUAUAAGGCCCUCUUUAUAGAGGGAAGUAAGGUAUUUCCACAUUACCUAAACAUUAAUACAUGCAUAGAGCAGAAUUCCUAAUUACUAGGAAAGCAGAAUAUUUGUACUUCUCUGCUUCAAAACAGGAGGGUUUUUUUUUAUCUCCAUAUGUUUAAAAUAUUUCCAAAGCAUACCAGAGUUUAUAACUUGGCACAUACAAAGUCCACAACACCCUUGUUGUUAGAAAAGGUCUAGAAAUGGAAUAUGUCUACAUCUGUCCAUCAAAAUGGCAAUGAGGAAGAGAAAAAAUAGUGUCCUCACAACCCUCCCUGCACGCACACACAAAUACAAGCGUGCAUGUUUCUCUGUGGGAAUGCAUGUAUAUAAAUAAUGGCAAGACACGGAUUCCACGCUUUCCCUAUCAUUUCAUGUAGUAGUCAUUGAACAACCAUUUGGUUUCAUACUUCGGUUUACAAUUCAGAUAGUUCUUUGUUUCUGAAACAUGCAUGUAUACAGUGUUCUAUGUACCAUCAGAUUAUAUGUAUAUGUAAAAUGUCCCUACGAGUUGAAGAAAUGAAUUUUGGGCAUUUCACACAAUAUAGCAACCUUAAUAUUUAGAUUGUUUGACAGUUGCUUUUCUCUUCUUUCCCAAUCAGAAAAAAUUACAUUAAUGGAACAAAAGUGUUUUCCUCCUUUUUACUGGAGAUCUCAAAGCUCCAUAAGGAAUUACUGAGAGGCUCCAAGUGA